ACCCAAAAUCUGUAUAUCGCAGGAAGACAAAAAUGUUUUGCUCUGCAGAUAUGUUAAAACUUAAAAGCUGUGAACAUCUUCCACAUAUCUAUCUUUCCGUAGUUCCCAUUAAAGAUAAUCUUCGAACACAUGACUCAACUCUCCGUGCACUCAAAAAAUCCCGUACACAUCUCUUGAUAUAUGAUUCUAUAACCACACUAUGGUCAUGGCAGUGCUGGUUUCGACUCCCACAAGCACAAGAUCAGCUUUUUACGGACACUCUUCUUUGUUGAGUUCACACCACAAAACCCUCAAAUUUGGUAUCUCCUUGCGGAUUCUUCAGCUGGGUAUCAGUCCUUUCUCUCAAUGGAGUGGUCUAAAGCAUCUGGGUAUCUCAAUCACUCCAAAAUCUGUGAAUAAUGUGAGGAAGGGUAGGUGUAAAGGUAGAGCGAUUCAAGCAUCUUUGUUUGGGGUUGGAGCACCUGAGGCUCUGGUUAUUGGGGUGGUGGCUUUGCUGGUUUUUGGUCCAAAAGGUCUUGCUGAGGUUGCACGCAAUCUAGGGAAAACUCUGCGUGCAUUUCAACCAACCAUAAGAGAACUCCAGGAAGUGUCGAGGGAAUUCAAGAGCAGUCUUGAGCGAGAGAUUGGCCUUGAUGAAAUUUCAAGUCAAACACAAAACAAAUAUGGCUCCAACAUAACAAACACUGCCUCAACCACUUCACCAGUUACAAGCCCUGAAAAUUCUCCAACUGCAGCUGACCCUAAUGGUGCUCUAUCUCAAAACCGAGCAUAUACGAGUGAGGAGUACUUGAAAAUCACAGAGGAACAGCUAAAAGUAUCUGCUGCACAACAACUAGAGCAGACAUCCCCUCCAGGAGAAAGCCAGGUUGAAUCUCAAACUCAAGCUACUGCUGGUGCCAUGCCUUCGCCUCAAAAGCCAGAAAAUGAAGUAUGAGACCUCUCAAGAAAGGUAAUGGCACGAAAUGCAAUGGCCAUCAGAUUUUGCAAAGCCUGAAAUGAGUCUGCUGAGAUGUGGAGGCUUGUGAAGGGGGGAAGUGGAGCAUGAUUUUUUCUUGUUCUUUCUUCUUUUCUUUAUUGGAGAGCGGGGAGGUUUCUUUGUGGUAGAGUAUGAUUUUGUAUGGUUCCAAUGCUGGGAAAGAAUACUAAUAUUUUCAGGAAUGAAUUAGUUUCAUCCCAAACGGCUACACCCAAUUUGUUAGACGCUUAACGAUGUUAAUAUUUUUUAUGGGAUAUAAAUGGAAGAGAGAUCAAUCAAGCGGUGGCCGGAAA